CCCCGGUGGUGGUGUUCUUCCUUGGCGGGCAUCCUUUCCUUCCUCGGCAUCGUGUCGUGCUUUCCUUAACCUCCCCCGCCUCUUCCGUGGCGCCCAGUUUCUCCGCCGCCGCACGGAAAUUCCCCGCGGGGCACAUAAAUACCCGCGCGGCAGGCGGCGGCGGCGGCGGCCCCCGGUUGUCGUUGUUGUUUCCCGUCAUCACCCGCCACCGUCGCGGCGUCCCGGUUCCUGGAACUUUCCUCGCGACAGGUGAUACUUUCAGCAACUACAGCUACAGGCAUAAAACAAUGUUGAUGAACUAUGAUGGGGAUAGAAGUGAGGACCGGCAAAGUGAGGAGGUUCAGUCUGCAUACAGAAGAGACAGUGACAUUGGUGAGGAAAUGGUAAUAAGUGAGGAGCAAACUGAUGAAAAUGAAUGGAGCUGGGUGAAUCAAGGUAAAGAUGGUGAUCCUCUUGCGGAAUCAGUUUCUUCACUUCAUACGACGCAGCAAGUCCUUGAGAGUGAGAUACAAAAAUUGUCAGAACUUGGCAAAGAACUUGAGGCGGAGGAAUCGACUUCUGGAAACAAAGACCAGGAUGUGAUCGUUUUGCCGCAUGCACAGGUCGACAUGUUGGAAGUGAAUGAGAAGAUGGAGCACCUUGAGCAGAAACUGAAAGAAGCAUCCAACACCAUCCAAGAGAAAGACCUGAGGCUAUCCAAGCUUCAGAUACUCAUCAGCACCGCACACAGCCCAGCGCCAGAGGAGGAGGCUGCUGCUGCUAGCGUCGACCAGCUGGUGGCGGAGCUCGAGCGCCACCUGCUGGAAAAACUGGAGGCCGAGGUCCAGUGCCUGGUGAUGCUGAAGGCGAGGCAGAGCUGGCAGGUCCGUGCGGAGGACCGCGCCGCCCUGGAGGAGCACGGGGACGGCGGCGGCGCGGUGAUGCUGCUCAAGCUGCGGGAGACGGAGGGCCGGAUUGUAACGCUGAAGGAGCAGGUGGACAGGCUGGAGGUCCGGGAGAAGGAGCUCCACCGGGCGACGGAGUCCCUGAGAGUGCAGAGCCGCACCUUCAAGGUGUCCCUCUUCGGCCUCGUCCAGCUGGUGAUGCUGUGCCUCUCCCUGAAGCUGUUCUUCGCCAGGGUGCCCCUCCCGUUCGACGAGGUCGUGCCGACAUGAUUUCGGGUUCGACGAGGUGGUGGUGCUCUUCUCUUCCGGUCUGUAAAAACCUGUGUGGUCGUGGGUUGCGAUGUCGCUAACGUCUUACCCCUGACGGUAGUCGGUAGGUGGUGUAGGUGUUCGUUACACUGAAGUGCAGGUUCUGAUAAUGUAGUAUACGUCAGAAAUUACGCGUGUUCUGUAGUAAGAUAUUACUAGGUCUGUGCAUAAAUUGGGUGAUUGACUAGUCGGAUGACUGACGGUUUGCAGCUACUGAAAGAUAGUGUCAGCUUCAGUUUCUCUUGAGCUUUACUAUACUUGGUGGAUAAAUGAAACACUUGAUGUCUUGAUCAA